AUGGGAGCCUCUAAAUAUCCGCUGCUGUCUAAGGAUGGAGACAUAACUAUUGGAGCACUUUUUUCAAUUUACAGUAAAGAAACAUUAUCUUCAUUUGAGUUUACAGAAAAACCUCGGCUUCUAUCAUGCUCCAGUGUGAAUCUAAGAGAUUUUCGGAUGGCUCAAAUCAUGAUUUUCGCAAUUGAGGAGAUUAACAGAAGUGAAAUAUUGCUCCCGAAUGUUUCAGUUGGCUACAGAAUCUUUGACACCUGUGGAUCAAGACUGUCUUCUAUGAAUGCAACUAUGGCAUUGUUGAAUGGUCAGGAGUUUGCAUCAGAAGACAGAUGCAAUGGACAGCCUCCUAUACAUGCUAUUAUAGGGGAGUCAGAGUCCUCUGCCACAGUGAUUUUGGCCAGGACCACAAGACCUUUCAAAAUUCCAGUGAUAAGUCACUCAGCCACAUGUGAGUGUCUCAGUAACAGGAGAGAUUACCCUUCAUUUUUCAGGACUAUUGCUAGUGAUUAUCACCAGAGCAGAGCACUUGCAUACAUAGUCAAACACUUUGGCUGGACUUGGGUUGGAGCUGUGAACACUGACAAUGACUAUGGAAACAAUGGAAUGGCCAUAUUUCUGAAUACAGCGCAGGAGGAGGGGAUUUGUGUAGAGUACUCUGUGAAAUUUUACAGAACAGAGCCUGAAAAACUCCUAAAAGUGGGAGUUGAGAAUUCCUCUCAAUAUAUAUUAAACUGCAGCAGUUAUCAGGAUCUACUUAUGCUGAAAAAUUAUAAUGAAGAUGUGCCUGAACAUAGAUAUUCAAGUAAUGUCUAUAAAGCAGUGUAUGCUGUGGCUUAUGCACUUCACAGUCUGCUGAAAUGCAAAGGACAGGAAGGUUGUGAAAAAGGCCUGACAAUAAAGCCACAGCAGGUGGUUGAAGCUCUGAGAAAUGUGAAUUUUACAGUAAAAUUUGGUGAUAAUGUGUGGUUUGACAGCAGUGGUGGUGCUGUAGCCCAGUAUGAAGUUGUGAACUGGCAGCAGGACUCAAAUGGAUCAAUCCAGUUUAAAGCAGUGGGUUACUAUGAUGCCUCACUGCCCCCUGACCAGCGCUUUGUACUUAACACUGAAAACAUAAUCUGGGCUGGAGGACAGCUGGAGAGGCCCAAGUCUGUGUGCAGUGAGAGUUGUCCGCCAGGCACUAGGAAGGCUGCACAGAAAGGAAGACCUGUCUGCUGUUAUGACUGUAUUACAUGUGCAGAUGGAGAAAUCAGUAAUGAGACAGAUUCAAAUAACUGCCAGCAGUGUCCAGGGGAAUACUGGUCUAAUACUGAGAACACUGAAUGUGUGUUAAAGGCUGUAGAGUUUCUGUCAUUCACAGAAGUUAUGGGUAUAGUGUUAGUCUUUUUCUCUCUGUUUGGAGUAGGAAUAACUUUACUGGUGGCCAUCCUGUUUUACAGUAAGAAGGACACUCCCAUAGUAAAAGCCAACAACUCAGAGCUGAGCUUCUUGUUGCUCUUCUCAUUGACUUUGUGUUUUCUCUGUUCACUAACUUUUAUUGGUCGCCCCACUGUGUGGUCCUGUAUGUUGCGUCACACAGCAUUUGGGAUCACUUUUGUCCUCUGUAUCUCCUGUGUUCUGGGGAAAACAAUAGUGGUGUUAAUGGCAUUCAAAGCCACACUUCCAGGAAGUAAUAUCAUGAAAUGGUUUGGGCCUGCACAACAGAGACUCAGUGUUCUUGCCUUUACACUUAUACAAGUUCUUAUCUGUGUGCUUUGGCUAAAAAUAUCUCCUCCUUUCCCAUAUAAAAAUAUGAAAUAUUAUAAAGAGAAGAUCAUUCUUGAAUGCAGUUUGGGUUCUACUGUUGGUUUCUCUGCUGUGUUGGGUUAUAUUGGCCUACUGGCUCUCCUCUGCUUCAUUUUGGCCUUUCUGGCUCGAACGCUGCCUGAUAACUUCAAUGAAGCUAAAUUCAUCACAUUCAGUAUGCUUAUAUUCUGUGCUGUAUGGAUCACAUUUAUCCCAUCUUAUGUCAGUUCACCUGGAAAAUUUACUGUAGCUGUGGAGAUAUUUGCUAUUUUAGCAUCAAGCUUUGGUUUACUAUUCUGCAUAUUUGCACCUAAAUGUUACAUCAUCCUGUUUAAGCCUGAACAAAAUACAAAACAACAUGUCAUGGGAAAAACACAAACUAAGAAAUAA